CAGCUGCUGUUGUUUAGUUUCACUCAGUAGUCAAGUCCAGUUGAGCUGUCACAACGCUAACCUGAAGAUGGCUGCAGCAAGAAACAGGGUUUUUGUUAUCGGGGUGGGAAUGACAAAGUUUGAAAAGCCGGGUGCAAGAGACAUCGAUUACCCAGACAUGGCCAAAGAAGCAGGGCAGAAAGCACUGGCGGAUGCUGGGAUCAAUUACAGUGACGUCCAGCAAGCCUGUGUAGGCUAUGUGUAUGGUGACUCGACAUGUGGCCAGAGGGCUAUUUAUCACAGUCUGGGUUUGUCAGGGAUCCCAAUAAUCAACGUCAACAAUAACUGCUCUACCGGCUCCACAGCGCUGUUUAUGGCCCGGCAGCUCAUUCAGGGAGGCUUGGCUGAUUGUGUUCUUGCCUUGGGCUUUGAGAAGAUGGAAAGAGGUUCACUAUCCUCAAAGUACAUGGACAGAACCAACCCUAUGGACAAGCACAUGGAGGUGAUGAUCAACCGUUACGGGGUGGCGGCGGCACCAGCUGCACCUCAGAUGUUCGGCAACGCUGGAAGAGAACACAUGGAGAAGUACGGCACGAAACCAGAGCAUUUUGCCAAAAUUGCUUGGAAGAACCACAAGCAUUCCACCAAUAAUCCAUACUCUCAGUUCCGGGAUGAAUAUAGUCUGGAGCAGGUCAUUAACUCCAGGAAGGUCUUUGAGUUCCUCACACUCUUACAGUGUUGCCCGACAUCUGAUGGGGCAGGAGCUGCGGUUCUGGCCAGUGAGAAGUUUGUGAGGAGGAACGGACUGGAGAAAAAGGCUGUGGAGAUCAUUGCACAGGAAAUGGUCACAGACCUCACCAGUACCUUUGAGGAAAACAGCUGUAUGAAAAUGGUUGGUUAUGACAUGACCCAUCUUGCAGCUCAGAGGUGCUUUGACGCUGCUGGUCUGAAGCCAUCAGAUGUUGACGUCAUCGAGCUGCAUGACUGCUUCUCUGCCAAUGAGCUCAUCACCUAUGAAGCUCUGGGACUGUGUGCUGAGGGUAAAGCUGGUGAGCUGAUUGAUCGGGGUGAUAAUACAUAUGGUGGCAAAUGGGUGAUAAACCCCAGUGGAGGACUCAUCUCUAAAGGACAUCCGCUUGGAGCCACAGGUCUGGCUCAGUGUGCAGAGCUGUGCUGGCAGCUGAGGGGGGAGGCGGGGCCUCGGCAGGUCCCCGGGGCAAAGGUCGCCCUGCAGCACAACAUCGGUCUUGGUGGAGCGGUGGUCAUCACUCUCUACAGGAUGGGCUUCCCUCAAGAAACAAGCUCUCGGAUCGCUGCAGUGGCCACCAGCGCAACCAGUGACCUCAAAGGCUUCAAAGCUCACACUGUCUUCAAGGAGAUAGAGAAGAAGCUACAGGAGGAGGGAGAGGCAUAUAUCAAGAAAAUUGGUGGUGUUUUCGCUUUCAAAGUGAAGGACGGUCCAGGUGGAAGUGAAGCAUUAUGGGUCGUGGAUGUAAAAAAUGGCAAAGGUUCAGUGACCAAUGAUGCAGGUAAAAAGGCCGACUGUACUAUCUCUAUGUCCGACUCAGAUCUGCUUGAAUUGAUGACGGGGCAGAUGAAUCCACAAACGGCAUUUUUCCAAGGAAAACUAAAGAUAACUGGGAAUAUGGGAAUGGCCAUGAAACUUCAAAACCUUCAGCUGACGCCUGGAAAAGCCAAACUGUGAAACUGCAUCUACUGAUGAACAGGGAAGUGGCACAAAUUCAUGCAAAUGAGUUGUGUGGAGAGAUGCUAGAAUGGUUAAUCGAUUUCGAAAUAUAAUUUUUUUGCUGAAAUUGUAUGAAUGAAGUUGUGUAAUAUUACACAAUAACAGUGAGUCUGUUGGCCAUUGCAACGUAACUGCAUAAAGAAUACUGUGUUACUAACAUACCUGAAAGACAUAAGCAAAGCAAGU